AUGGAUUCAAGGAAUCCAUAUAGUCAGUCUCGUAGUUAUGUAGGCCUUCUUAACAGUCAGAACUUUCCUUAUGAAAGUUAUCCUUCUACUUUAAACUUUGGAGCCUCAGAAAUCCCUCCUUUCAGUUCACAACAAACCGACGCUCCAGAUGUACGUGAAGACACACCAGUGGCCUGUAGGGAGAGAAGGAAAUGGACUCCAGCUGAUGACGAGGUCCUAAUAAGUGCGUGGCUAAAUACAUCUAAGGAUGUUGUUGUUGGAAAUGAACAAAAAUCAGGGACCUUCUGGAAACGAGUAGGUGAAUAUUAUGCAGCAAGUCAUCAUGCUAGAGAGAGUGGUGAACCAAGAGAGCAUCUCCAUUGUAAGCAGAGGUGGCACAAAAUUAAUGACUUCACCAUCAAAUUAUGUGGUGCAUAUGCGGCAGCAGAGAGACAGAUCAGUUCUGGUCAGAAUGACAAUGAUGUUCUCAAGGUGGCUCAUGACAUCUUCUACUCUGAUCACAACACGAAAUUUAAUCUUGAACAUGCGUGGUGUGUGUUGAGGUAUGAGCAGAAAUGGCUUAGCCUUAACACUUCUAAACCUAGUGGGAGUUCAAAGCGAAAAGCUGGAGAGACAUGUUCACAAACUUCAAGCACCACUGUUGGUGAUCAUGAGAUCCGUCCUGAAGGUAUCAAGGCUGCAAAAGCUAAAAGGAAUAAUGCUCAAGGGAAGUCUCUUGCUGAGUAUACGAGCAUUUGGGAAAUGAAGAAGGAGGAUCUCAUGAUGAAGGAGAAACUGUCAAAGCUUGCCAUACUAGACACACUCCUAGCCAAGAAAGAACCACUAAGUGAGGCUGAAGAAGUUGUCAAGAAUAAGCUACUCGCCCAGUAA